CAGUACUGGGGUUCAGAGCGUUAUCCCAGCGGAAAAGGGUGUUCUGCGAAACACGUGUUGACAGUGCUGAUAGCGACAAGGACAGAGCACGCAGUAAUUGGUAACCCAGAUAAGACCACAAGAUAUAUCGCUUCUUAAAAUUAGGACAUCUUGUCCUGCUGUCUGGAAAUCGUUUUAACUUAGCGUACAGACAGAAAGGGUGAGGGCAAACCGUGUGAAACAGGCGCGCUAUACACAGUGACGGGUAUUAGUCGAACAGUCGUCUGGUGGUUGCUGUCGGAGUGCAGCUAACGGAGAAAGUUCUCGGUAUUUGGCAGUGUUGUUGACCAACUCGAGGAAAUAAAGAGCAGUUAUUGCGAAUUACUACGGAGACGCUUGCCAUGGCGGACUACCUUAUCAGUGGGCAGACAGGCUAUGUGCCCGAAGAUGGACUGACCGGACAACAGCUGUUCAAUUGCGGAGAUGGCCUCACAUACAAUGACUUCCUUAUCCUCCCUGGAUACAUUGAUUUCACUGCAGACCAGGUGGACUUGACAUCUGCGCUCACCAAACAAAUCACCAUGAAGACCCCUCUGGUGUCAUCACCCAUGGAUACAGUUACUGAGUCAGGGAUGGCCAUUGCAAUGGCGCUUACAGGAGGUAUUGGGUUCAUCCAUCACAAUUGUACCCCAGAGUUUCAGGCUAAUGAAGUUCGCAAAGUCAAGCGGUAUGAGCAGGGCUUCAUCACAGACCCGGUGGUGAUGAGCCCCAAGGAGCAGGUGCGGGACGUCUUCCAGGCCAAAGCCAGGCACGGCUUCUGCGGGAUCCCCAUCACGGACAACGGCCGCAUGGGCGGCCGCCUGGUCGGCAUAAUCUCCUCCCGGGACAUCGACUUCCUUAAGGAGGAGGAGCAUGACUUGCCACUCAGUGAGGUAAUGACUAAACUGGAGGACCUGGUUGUGGCUCCAGCAGGAGUCACUCUGAAGGAGGCCAAUGAGAUCCUGCAGCGUAGCAAGAAGGGUAAGCUACCCAUUGUGAAUGAGGAGGGCUGCUUGGUGUCCAUCAUUGCACGCACGGACUUGAAGAAGAACCGCGACUUCCCCCUUGCCUCCAAGGACCCGCGCAAGCAGCUGCUCUGUGGCGCCGCCAUUGGGACGCACACCGACGACCGCUACCGCCUGGACCUGCUGGUGCAGAGCGGUGUGGAUGUGGUGGUGCUGGAUUCUUCUCAGGGGAACUCAAUCUUCCAGAUCAACAUGAUCAAGUAUAUCAAGGAGAAAUACCCCCAGCUACAGGUCAUCGGGGGCAAUGUGGUCACAGCGGCUCAGGCAAAAAACCUCAUAGAUGCUGGCGUGGAUGCUCUCCGUGUUGGAAUGGGCAGUGGCUCUAUCUGCAUCACACAAGAAGUGCCCCCUUCUGUUCCUCCUGAUAUUAAGCUCCACAGCCCCAAAACCCCUUCUACUGUUACGGGAUACAGCAUGCUGGCAUGUGGACGUCCUCAGGCCACUGCAGUGUACAAAGUGUCCGAGUAUGCAAGACGAUUUGGAAUCCCAGUCAUUGCUGAUGGAGGCAUCCAAACUGUUGGACACGUUGCCAAGGCACUGGCUCUCGGAGCCUCGACAGUGAUGAUGGGCUCCCUCCUGGCUGCCACCAGUGAAGCACCAGGGGAGUAUUUCUUCUCUGAUGGGAUCAGGCUGAAGAAGUAUCGUGGAAUGGGCUCAGUGGAUGCUAUGGACAAGAACCUGGGCUCUCAGACCCGCUACUUCAGUGAGUGCGAUAAAAUUCGCGUGGCGCAGGGCGUGUCUGGUGCGGUGCAGGAUAAAGGAUCCAUUCACAAGUUUGUCCCCUACCUGCUGGUGGGAAUUCAGCACUCCUGUCAAGACAUUGGAGCCAAGAGCCUCACCCAGCUCAGGGCCAUGAUGUACUCUGGAGAUCUGAAGUUUGAGAAGAGGACAGCUUCAGCCCAGAUGGAGGGAGGGGUGCACAGUCUGCACAGUUAUGAGAAGCGCCUAUUUUGAGAAUGGUGAAGAUGGACUCUCUUUCUCCAGACGCCAAACACAAUCCCGUCCUCUAUAUACACUGGAACCCCCCCCCCCCCCUUUCGAAAAUACUUGUGCUCUGCCAAACCACGAAGGAUCAAAAAUACUAAGACAAACUACUCCAACCCAUAACAUUUUUCAUUGCCUGUGUCUGUUACUGUUCUAACAGGGAGGGAGGGCUGGUAAUCAUGAAUGGCCUGUCUCUGCUCUCUCUGUGUUUGGGGACUGUGUGUGUAUGUGUAUGCUUGUGUGUAUGUAUGUAUGUAUGCGUGUGUGUGUGUAUGUGUAUGCUUGUGUGUAUGUAUGUACGUGUGUGUGUGUGUGUGUGUGUCUGUGUGUGCGCGCAAAUGCAUGUUUGUCAUACGCCUACCAUACUUUAAGCAAAGUUUUUUCCCGAAGUGUUAAAAUAAAUGUGCAGAAAUAUUUUUUUCCAUGAACUCCCAUGUCCUUGCCUUCAUCAGCCACCAGUGAAAAUAACAGAACCUCUUACACACCGGCCUGCUCCCAUGCAUCUUCUCUGCCACUCAGCAUGUAGACUGCAGUACUGUGUAUAAUCACACCACUGUGGUGUGAGAGACUGCUGUAGUUCUGCCACUGUGUUGCUCAGUUCCUCAAGAGUGCCCAUUUUUGUUAAAAUCCCAUAGAUCAAAAAGAGGAAGUCCAGUUGUGCCUGUCUGAGUUUCACUGUGUUGAUUAAGGUGGUAGGCCAGUAUAAAUGAGUCCAUAACAGAUACAGAGAGCUUAUAUGUGUAUCAUUAGUGUAUAAAUGCAGUAUCAGGUAGAUUCAGAUGUAAGAGUUAUGCAAAGGAACUUUUAUCAUGCUUUGAUCACUUUAAAUGCAAUUAAUGUAUAGGAAUAUUAGCCCAGUUGCAAUGUGCAAGAUUGCAAAUUGGCAUGAGAUGAUGGGAUGGUUGUACAGCUAAUGGAGGGUAGGUAUUCAAAUUGGUGUGGUUAAAAACGGAUGUAUGUGUUUGCAUACGUGUAUAGAUGUGUAAAGAAGGUUGCUGGACAUUUCAGUACUCUGCUGCAGCAAGGUGGUUCAGCUGGACAAAAUGAAAAUGAAAAGUUGAAAAUGACAAGUUCCUGUCUGCCAUGUAGUGGUUCUGCUUUGUGAUCAGCUGAUCAUGGCAUCAGUACUAAUACUGGCAGUGUUGAUGACUGGCAGAUCAGACAGGACUUGAUUAAUAGUCCUCUGCUUUUUACGAAUAUAUCAUUUUACCUGUAUAACGGCUUUCAAUGGAUGAAUUGGGAACGCACAAUACUAGCUGCAAAAACUUAUUUCGCAAUGCUUCUAAUUUUGAUGCAUUCUGCAUGUAACAUUAAUUAUGUGAAAACUCAUCUGAGUAUGGACAAACAAUGUGAGCUGACUUGCUUAUAUGCUGAUUUACUUAUUUGCCAAUAAAAAUGGAUGCCCCUA